CCCUCCAGACAGUAGUGUGGGUCUACGAUAUAUAUAUACGCCGCACAGAUUCGGGGAAGUUUGGCACGUUAGUUACUACUCCGAAGAACUACAUAAGUGAUCUUGCAAUCCCGUUACUUUGUUGAGAUGUAAGUGUUUGUGUGAGAAACGUGUGCAUCUCGUGAAAAUCUCGUUGUAGGUGAUCACCUCCCUUGUGGCGAGGCUUUCCUGGGUUGUUUAGCACCACGGGGAGUGUGCUCAGCAGUGAUACACUUAACAAUGAGAAGAGUUGGGAUAAGAUUAUGGGAGACUUGCCAAAAAGGAAAGGAGGGAUUUUCCUUCACCGUUUCUUCUUCUCUGCCUUCCUCACAGCGUCAUGGCGGGGAAUGAGGCGACCUGGCUGCGUCCCGCCACAGACAUCGAGGAGCUCUUCUGCCAGAUUCAAGAGGUAGCAGGUCUCCUGGUGUCCACGUAUGGCCUCACGAUCCGCACGACGGAACCUUUGAAGGACGAGCAGGUGCAGGAAGCCCUAGUGCAUCUCUUCAGAAAGGUGCCCACGCUAAGGCUGUGCUUCCGGCGCCAAAAGGACGUUUUUUGGGCUUGUGAAAUGAACCGAGAACAUAUCGACUUUAAGGCUGUGGACAGGAGUGACCAGCUGAAGCUGCAGGAAGAGCUAAUGAACCACCAAUUCAACAACAGCGAAGGGCCGUUGUGGUGCGCUAGGCUUCUUCAGCACAACUCGUGUGGCGGCACCACCAGUCCGGGGCUGGAGGCUUCCUUUCCCUACAGCCGCAGUCUCAUACUGGCCAACCAUCACGGCAUCGCUGACGGCACAACCAACUGUCGGACCGUGAAUUGUUUCCUUCGAAUCCUGGACGACGUCAUCGCUGGCAAUCCCAUUGACGACAGCGAACAGUUGGGCGAGUUGGCCAGCGGCGACGAGACGGCAGCCUUGCUGGCGGCCAUGGAGGAGGAAAUUAAGAAAAAUGUAGACGAUCUGGAGCAAACCCUUGAAGAGUAUAAAAAGAAACUCGAAAGUGAGAAACUCCUUUGCCGAGCUUUCCCUAACCAGGAUGACCCUAACUACAUCACCAAAAUCGUCUCAGAGACCCUGGACGAGGAAACAACCAGUCGCUUCUUCCGGCGGUGCAAGCAGGAGGGAGUGACAGUGAACAGCGGCUUUGCGGCGUUGAUGAAUUGCUCGGUGGUGGAUUUGGUGAGGGAGAUGGGAAUGAAGCAGGACAACUAUUCGAUUCAAAUGAUUCACGCCGUCAACAUGCGGCGCUAUUGGCAAGGCGACGUGUCCCGGGCCCUGGGGUGCCACAUAGCAGUCAUAUCCCAGCAUGAAACCCUCACUCAGCAAUGGAGAGACAACUUUUGGCAAUACACGCGGAACCUCCACACCAACGUCCAUGAAAGUCUGAAAGACAAAGGACCUUUGAAAUACUGGAUAUACUACUUCAUGGUGAAGGGAGACGACGCAAUCGGGAAGAUGCUAAAGGAGAGGCCGGAGGAGGACAGUGAUUACUGCUUGGCCAACAUCGGGAACCUGGACCACCUCAUUCCUACAGAGGGUGACCACGCGCGCCUCGCUCACCUGGUGCGCACAACACAGUGCUGGAACGAGCGAGUCUGUCUCAUGUUACACUCGCUGCGUGGCCGCCUCCUGUACAACCUGUGCUACACCAGUGACUCCUUAACCGAACAACAGGCACACAGGCUUACGGAUCUCAUCUUCCAGAAUCUCAAAGACAUGAUAUGAAAGGCGGCCAAGCCUCAGCUCCGCAAAACAGUCACUACACCAUGUCUUCUGCCGAGGCCUGGAGGGCUGACCGAGGAAGGAGAAAACAUAAUAAUAAAUGGGAUAAACGAGCUUCAACAGACCUUUAGGCCCUUGCAUGUCUGUCUGGGAACUAAUUCCAAUUAAUUAUUAAAUUAAUUAACUAUUAGAUAAAGAAAGGAGGAGGAGGAAACAGGGCGACAAGGGACGCCCCGGCCGUGGAUAAUUUGUGAGAGAAUUAAUAUUAUUAAUCUUGAUAUGAAUGGAGAAGCUUGAUGCCAUUCUGUACUACAUUUUAUGGAAUAUUGUUUUCCUGAUCGGAGUGCCUGAGGCGUGGCACGGCGGCCUUGAGCGGGCCUCCGGUGCAGCGACCUUCGGCAAUAAAUCUCCAAGUCAGGCCGCCGCACCGAUGAACUGAUGAACUUUCUACGCGAGUUUCACACAACACAAUAGCCUUCAAAUCAGGAGUGGAAGCGGAGACGGGAUUUUUAUUCUCGACACGGUUAUUGUCACUGACAAUAACCGUCCUUGUAAUUGUCAAGGACUAACAAAAUUCUCUCCAAAGUGUGUGCGUAACAUCUCCUGUAAUUGCUGAUUGAAUUUAUUGAAUUACUCACGACCAUGAUACAUGUUUUCCCUCCUACGAUAUACUUUUAACAAAACAUCAGGUUGCUUAAUACGGUUAAUUAUUAAAAUGCUUCCCUCAAUGUAAUAUAA